CCUAAGCCCGGAGAAAAGGUGAAGGUUGUGUUAGGCUAUUCGACAAGCCAGCGUAAAAAACCCCAGUCGAAUCUCUAUGAUAUGGAUCAACGAUGUUAUUUGGAUAAUGCUAGGUCGUUGCCCGGAAGCAACGCGCUGUAUGGCUCGAGUACAGUGUCAAAUGUGCAAGGGCCGUUGCAUCGCCGCCCGGAUGCAGUGUUAAAUAGGCAAGGGUUCCCGCAUUCUAGUGAACGGGUGCGGGUAAAGAAGCUAGUUCACGAGACCAAGAUUCGAAUAGGAACAUGGAACGUAGGCACACUUACCGGUAAGGCUAUGGAAAUAGUAGACACGAUGAUUAGGAGAAGGAUCAACUUUAUGUGCCUACAAGAAACCAAAUGGAUAGGGGAAAAGGCAAAGGAAUUGGAUUCUUCGGGUUUUAAGCUCUGGUACACCGGGAAGGUAAGAGCGAGGAAUGGGGUUGGCAUCAUAGUGGACAGGGAGUGGAGGAAGGACGUGGUGGAGGUGAAGAGAGUCGGAGAUAGGAUCUUAGCCCUUAAGCUAGUCGCACGGAAGGAUACCAUCAAUGUCAUUAGCGUGUAUGCGCCUCAAAUUGGGUCGGAGGAGCACCACAAGGUGCAAUUUUGGGAGGAUUUAGAAGGGGUUAUCCAAGGAAUACCUAUGGGAGAGAAGAUUUUCUUAGGGGGGGAUCUUAACGGACAUGUCAGGGGAGAUUCUAGGGGAUACGAAGGUUUCCAUGGAGGACAUGGCUUAGGAGUAGCAAAUAGAGAAGGCAAAACCAUACUAGAUUUCUCCUUGGCUUUUGAUCUUACAAUAGUCAAUACGUGCUUUAAAAAGCAUUGUGUGCUGAGUAGUUGGAUUGCUAGUUGGGGUGUGCGGAUUUCUUCCUUCUCCGUCCUCCAUUUCUUUCAAGCUUUUCCUUCUCCAUUCUCUUUUGCCCGGGGCUCGAAAUCUUUGCCCGAGGAUUUGGUUAAGUUUUUCGAAAAUGGAGUGUUGCUGCUGAGUUUCGCGCUGAGCGCAUUUCAUUGCGCUGGGUGUGUGGCCACCAGGAGACCCCAUUUGGCCAAGCUCGCCGGGCGCAAUGAUGAGUGCGCUGGGCGCACUUGA